GUAACCCACAAGUCAAACGACACUGUUACAGACAGGAACUAGGAGUGCUUUAUAUCAGUGAAGCUUCACCUAUACUUGCUAUCUUAGGAAGAUGGCAGUUAUUUGGGACUGGUUCACAACCUCAUUCAUAUGAACUGAAUCAUGUUAUGGUAUGACAAGCUGCUCUGCCACCAUCCUUAUGCCGUUGUGUGCUCUGCAACGGCUGUUGUGGCAGCCUGCUUAGUGAUCUCUGUUACACUACAGCAGCUGCCUGCCUUCAAUGACCCCUCACUGGGGUUUGAGGCCCGUGGCACGACGGUGAGCAACAGAGCAGCGGCUUGGAGGGCCAUGCUGGAGGCAACCCGUCCUUCAGGACCAUUGACAGUGAACCCCACAAAGAAACCUCCUCCGCGGGAGACGUGGCCGCCUCAUCAGCCCAGUGCUCUGAACCCCAGUGAAGGAAACAAACCAAAGCCUAAAGCUGGUGGCAAACAUGGCGUGCAGUUCCGCAAGCUACCACACACGCACAUGGCAUGCGUCGAAGCUGUGGGAGGAGUUGUCUCGGUUCAGCCUAACUGCUCAAGUGAAGACCUGCAGCGUUUACAUGAGCUACACCUGGAGGCAGGUUCUGCCAAGACUGGUGAUGUCAUUAACAGAUUCAGUGUUAAACUCAACGGCAGUAUUGUGAACUUGACCGACAUAGAUCUGCAAGAUGAGGGAGGUAAUAGAUCAAGAAGCAACAUUGCAGAAGAUGGGGAUGAUAAAUAUAAGUCUGCAAUUGAGAAGUUGCGGCUCAUAGGCUUGAAACAAGACAUGCUUCAUGGUCAAGACAGGAAAGACUAUCUCACAGUUCACGAACCUCUUGCAAGCUAUGACUAUUAUGAGGUUGAGGAUUAUGAGUAUGAGACAGAGUAUGAUAAUGAACACUCUCAUCAUGACCAUCACCACCUUGCUCCUGACGGCUUUUUCUGUAAUCCACCUGUUCCUACAUAUGCACAUGUCAUUGUAGGUGUCUCCAGCGCUGUCUGCUCUACACCGUCAUCUGAUAUCUUAUCACCGUUUUCUUUUGCUACGUCUGUUUUCUCAACAACUGAUAACAAGGCUGAAAAUUCGUCAACUUUAGCCCCUGAUCUCUCCAUGUACUCGCUUCUGAGUCUCCCGCACCUUCAGUCCAUAUGUAAACUAGACCACAGAAUACGUGAGGCUCCUGCAUUCAACACCAUCUGCGAGCGGUCAUCCCCUGAGCAAUGCUGUCUGUCUUGGACCAUCCCUAACUACGUAGCGUUGCUCACCAACAAGACGCAUUGUGAUGACAUUACUGAAGAUGAUGUCACUUACGUCCGUGGACUGCUUCUGUCAUGCGCACGUCACUUUGAUCAGAGCAUCGAGGGAGGAUGUGGCUCACAGUGUUCGCGCCUGCCGCGCCUCUGUAUGAAGUAUGAUGCCGUCUAUACAAUCCUGCAUUACCUGGCGGAUGUUCACUUCAUGAUGCAGCAGCAUGAUUUUGGUGCUGACGCUUCACCCCCUGACUGGUCCUCCCUGCGCACGAGUGCCAUCUUUCUGCCCGUUGCACGCAGCUCCGAGAGCCUGCUGUUCUAUGAACAGCUUGCUGGCAUGUCGCUCUCUGAGGGAAAUGUUACCGUCAUAUCCAUGGAACUUGGUGUGAAGAAUGCGCUCUUUGACAAGCUACUGCUGCGUGACGCAGGACUCGUUAUCGCCGCUGCUGGGGCGGUGCUGCUGCUGGUGCUCUUCUACACGUCAUCUCUCAUCAUCACCAUCGUCACCAUUUGCACCGUAUCAUCGUCCCUCAUCAUCGCGUACUUCCUCUACACCUUCGUCUUCAGAAUCUCUUUCUUCCCUUACAUGAACGUGCUGUCGUGCAUCAUUGCUGUUGCUUUGGGAGCGGACGAUUCGUUCGUGUUUUGCCGCGUGUGGCGCAGCGUGGCUCGCGAUAACGGCGGUGGUGGAGGUGGACGCAAGGGCCACAAGGUUCCUGUCAAGUUCGUGCAGGAGGUGAUGCACCACGCCGCCUCCUCUGUAGUGGUCACUUCGCUCACUACUGCUGCUGCUUUUUUUGCUUCCACCACUUCUGCCAUAACGGCAAUAAAAUGUUUCAGCCUGUUCGCUGGCACGGUGGUGUUGGCGAACCUGCUGCUGAUGCUGACGUGGGUGCCAGCUUGCCUUAUCAUCUCCGAGCGCUGGCGUUGUUGCUUCUGCUGCUCCCUCCUGCCUUCUUCAGCGCCUUCUUCCGAAAUCCUGAGUUCGGCCGCUGCCGCUGCUACUGCUCAUCAUCCUAACCCAACCUUCAGUAAACCAUCUCCUCAUCCUCUUCUCGGGUCAUGUUCUUCAGUUAAUCCUGCAUCACUUGACACUCCUCAUCAUCCCUACCGCCAACAUCGGUCUCCAACAACAUCUCCUCCUCGUUCUCCCAACAUCCAGUCAUCCAAUGCCUCUCCUAAAACAUCGAGUUUUUCUCAUAACUCCUUGCAUUCCACUUCCCAAUCUCCUCCUCGUUCGCCUCACAUCAUUAAGAUGCCUGAUGACACCUGCAAAGUUGUGAAGAAAACCUGGCAUCAUAAACCUUUCUCACGGAUGUUUGAGCUAAUCAACAGCCUAUCUGUUUCCUUUUCCGAAAGCUUCAUGCCAUGGAUUGUCAUGAAGCCAAGAGUGCUAUGGGCCAGCCUACUGUUUGGCUUCGCCAUCUAUGCUGGUGUUUUGGUUCUCUAUUACCCAGGAUUGCGACUUCCGGACUCAGCAGAUUUCCAACUCUUUAAUCGUGAUCACUACUUUGAACGAUAUGACUUAGAUCACAAGUACAACUUCUGGUUUGAGAGAAAUCUACGCAGCGAUGUUGUGAACCGCCUCCCCAUUAGGAUUGUGUGGGGGCUGAAGCCUGUAGAUAAUGGGGACCAUCUGAACCCAGCUUCAGAGUCCACACUAGAAUUUGAUAGUAAAUUUGAUAUGUCAGCUCCUGAGUCUCAGAGUUGGCUGUUGCAAUUUUGCCGCGACUUGAGGAAGCAGAGCUUCUACAUGUCGACCAUGGGGCCUCUACUUCCAAAUUGUUUUAUUGAGACCUUCAAGUCAUGGAUGGAGGAGAGACGUUGUGCUGAUGCUUCAAAGAAUAGGUACCCAUGCUGCGAGGUAAUGCCUUUCCCUUACCCACGCUGGGUGUUUGAUAAGUGCAUCAUUGAAGCCGUUGAAGUGCUAUACCAAACCCCUCGCCUGUACUUUGUUCCGGGUGUUGCUGGACCAAAGUUCAACAAGACUAGCAACAAAGUGGCUGCUCUCGUCAUCGAGUAUGACAGUAAUGUGGUCUGGUCGCUCUCAUUUGACCAGAUGCAUCAAUUUUUCACGAGUGUAGAGCAAUGGUCUUCUCGCCAGCUGCAAUAUGCCCCUCCUGGUUUGAGAAGCGGGUGGUUCACUUCUUACCUGGAGUUCUACGAGGUACAGCGUUCUCUCCUUGAGGGCACCAAGCUGGCGGUGCUGGUGGCUGUAUCGGUGAGCCUUGUGGUGCUACUGCUCACCACACGCAAUGUUAUGGUGAGCCUUGUUGCAGUUUUAAGCAUCACUUCUGUGAUGCUUGUGACGUUAGCGGCUCUCGUGAUACUGGGGUGGCGUCUCAAUGUACUCGAGAGCAUCGUUGUGUCGGCGGCUAUCGGCUUAGCUGUGGACCUGACGCUUCACUACGCAGUCGCUUACACCAAAGCUCCACCAGGCAAGCGUAAGGCCGCCGCCGUGUGGGCACUGACCAGACUUGGCAGUCCUGUUCUCAUGACGACGCUGACUACACUCGCUGCUGCUGUGGCAAUGCUCUCAGCCACCGUGCUUGCUUACAUCCACAUUGCCACCUUCUUGAUCAUUAUAGCGCUUGCAUCAUAUAUUUACGCUACCUUCUUCUUCCUACCUCUCAUGAGUCUCGUUGGUCCUGAGAGAAAUUGUGGCCAGAUCAUGUCGCCGAGUGACUGCAGUGAGUUUUGCUCAUGCAGAGAUGAGCAAAACGACAAAAAUAUUUACCAGCAAGCGUGCGUCAGCGAGUCUACUUUGUCUACAUCGAGUGUCUGCCCUUCAGCUCCUUACACUUCAGGUCACACCACCCACGACUUCGACGCUCCUUAUUUGAGCUGCCAAAUUAACACGCACGAAUUAGAGCCUCUCACCAGCCCUACCCUUGGCAGUCCUUUUUCUCUGCCUUACGUCUCGGAUAGCAAUUGCAAAGGCAGUCCUAAGUGUAAAUCUGGAAAUAAGCCCUGCAGGGCGCAAGACUUGAAACAUUCCCCUAACGUGCAUUUGAAACAGCCAGCUCAUCAGCAGCACUCGCGUGGCCUAAUCGUAAGCCUGCAGCAGAACCGCCAGUCACGUCAGCAGCAAAACGGCAGCUGCGCGCAGCUUGUCAUGCGCAAGGAGUCGACGGAGUCGCAAGUGAGUGGCAACGGUGAAUCUUCCUGCGUCUGCAGGUCAGCAAGUGUUGGGUCUCGGCCACGACGCAGUGGUAGUAAUGGUAGAAAACCUCGUAGUUCACUAGAAAAACAUCAACACCAGCAGAAACAAUCACGGUCUUGUCUUAAAAAGCCUGCAGUUAUGAAACAGAAUUCGUCACCACACCUCACGCCAUCCAACUCAGUCUCUACCCUCGUGUGCUCAGAGCCUGACCCUGAAAAUCCCGAGCUGGAAAAUUUUCAAUCCACUGAUGGAACAAACGAAGCAGCAUUUGCGACUGACAGAAAUAAAGACUGUGAUCCUCAUUCCAAAGUCUUCGAAUUGUCAAGUGCGGUAGUCAAGCCUGUUACAAAUUACGAGCAGCAGCUACGUCACCAGGAGUUCGUGAGACAUCACCAGCAGCGUCAGAUCGACUCUACGCAUUGCUGCUCAGAUGCGGCCGGAUCUUGUGUGUAGUUUGUAAGUGGUCGAAAUAUUAACUCUUUAACUGAUCGAUCCAAGCCUAGUGGAACAAAUGAAUAUUUUAUUUAACGCGAUAUUUAGGAGAUUUGAAAAUUAUCUGAAUUUGAUUUCCAUCGUGUAUUUGCUGUAGACUAAUUAUUGCAGAUUAUCAUUUCUGUAUGGGUUCAGUGAUUCGUAUGUACGUGUAUAAAUAUUCACCUUCAAUCGGUACUUAGUUACCAUUUUUCCUGUCAUUCCUAUUGUCCCUAGCUUUGUACGUAAAUUCAAGCGUGGGUUGUUAUUCAAGGGCUGCAUUUGUCCGAAGCAAAAUUUAAUUUUAAACGUUAUUAUUUUGCAGGUGAUGAAAGUACAAGCCUUAGUUAAAAAACGGUUCGUUUUAUAUCUGCUUUAUAAAAUUAACGAGAGCUCCGCCGCAUUGCUCGCUGCGAAAGAAGCUUCUGGAAUAUUAUUAUGACACUAGUGACCAUCAUUAAGAUGCAUUGGUAACCCUACUUAACUCAUGACAACAUGAAACGUGCCACGGUACUUAAUAGUAUGUACACUUUUAGGAUGGCUGGUCGUGAAAUCGACGAGUAUGGUAUGUUUCGGCAUAGCAACAUGACCAUUUUUUGUAGUCAGAAAAGUUCAAUUUCGGGAAAUUCUGGUUGUCAGCUUGUAACAGUUACCGUCAUUCUAAGAUAUAAAGAUUCCUACAUAGCUGUCUUGGAACGAAGUAACAGCAAAAUGUUUCGGUUGUUGGCACGUUUCUCAUGCUGCUUGGCUCAAUUUUACCUAAAGCUGAAAUCAUUUUUCGCGUCUUUGGAUGCUCGCUCUUCUUAAAUUACGACGACUUUCUUUGCAUUAAUGUCCCCAGCUGUGGACCUAAUGCUCGCACUUUUGUUAGUGAAGUACUUAGCUGAUUUAAGCAGUCUUCAAGACUUCAAAUUAAUUUUAUUUUUUGAGUUAUUUAGGACGGAUUUUUAUUUCAAUGUUGUUUUUUGAUCAAACAUUUCUCCGAGAAACUAACGACCGCAUAUGUAAAAUGAAAAUCAAAAUUAUAAAAAUACUAAAUCUUAUGAUUCCGU